AUCUAUCCUGUUGUGUUAGGUUCGGAAGUAGGGGAUUCAAAUAUAGGCUCAGGUUCGAGAGAGAGAGAGAGAGAGAGAGAGAGAUUAGGGCUUGACUCUUGAGCUUCCGAUUCCCCGCGCCAUGGAUACUGCCAUUCUUGUCGACUCAAACAAUGUCGCUGUCGGAGCAGAUGGUAAAUAUUAUGUUGAAAAGCUGGAAAAGAAGCUGGAAAAGGCAAAAGUGGAAUUGAUGAAGGUUCUUGCGGACCGCAACAAGCUUAUUGAACAUUGUGUGGUGGAGCUACGGAAACUGAGAGUAAACCUUUAUUCGCUUCAAUUCACAAGUCUCUUUACACUCUUCUUUUUCUUACAGUUAAAAGUAGUUCAGCACGAACUCGGAUGCAAAAAUGGACUACUCAUAGCAAGAAAAGUAGAGGCAGGGGAGAGAGGAAAAAUCAUUACAUGUCUGGAUUAUAAUAAUGUGGCCGGUUCAAGUCAUCAUGAUGAAACAGCAAAAUCCUCUCAAGCAGAUAAAGAAACUAAACCUAGUAAUGCCAACAAGAGAAAACAAGCAAGGAACCAAUCUUUGGGCUGCCCUCCUGUUAAAGCAGUCUGUGCUAAAGAGGAGGUUAACAAGAGAAGGAGUUGUUCGAGAAGGCAAUCUGCACGGUUGAAAUCCAAAGGAUUAGAAGUAACUGAAGACUCUUUUCCGAUGGAUAAUGCUAAAAUUCCCGUUUCUUCUACACAUGACGAUCAGAUUGAUGCAAGCGGUCAAACAAUACUGGAAUCAUCAACAAAAUUUUUCUUGCUGCUUUCAGGCAAAAGUGGAAUUGAUGAAGGUUCUUGCGGACCGCAAUAUUCGCUUCAAUUCACAAGUCUCUUUACACUCUUCUUUUUCUUACAGUUAAAAGUAGUUCAGCACGAACUCGGAUGCAAAAAUGGACUACUCAUAGCAAGAAAAGUAGAGGCAGGGGAGAGAGGAAAAAUCAUUACAUGUCUGGAUUAUAAUAAUGUGGCCGGUUCAAGUCAUCAUGAUGAAACAGCAAAAUCCUCUCAAGCAGAUAAAGAAACUAAACCUAGUAAUGCCAACAAGAGAAAACAAGCAAGGAACCAAUCUUUGGGCUGCCCUCCUGUUAAAGCAGUCUGUGCUAAAGAGGAGGUUAACAAGAGAAGGAGUUGUUCGAGAAGGCAAUCUGCAAGGUUGAAAUCCAAAGGAUUAGAAGUAACUGAAGACUCUUUUCCGAUGGAUAAUGCUAAAAUUCCCGUUUCUUCUACACAUGACGAUCAGAUUGAUGCAAGCGGUCAAACAAUACUGGAAUCAUCAACAAAAGAGGAAGAUGAAGAAAAUGAUAUUCCUGGAUCUGAAGAUUUGGGCCCUCCUACUGUUAAAGCGUUUGAAGUUAGAGAGGAGACGGAGAAGAAAAGACGUUCAAGAAGGCAAUCUGCUACGUUUAAAACUGAAGAAUCAGAAGCAACUGAAGAAUCGUAUGAGAUUGAUGCCAAAUAUCACGUGUCUUCUCUACAUGAUGAUGAAAUUGGCACAAGUGGUCAAACAUUCUCGGAAUUAUCAGUUAAAAAAGAAUAUGAAGGAAAUGCUACUGCUGGGUCUGAAGGUCAAGAACUUAGACGAUCAUCUGUUGGAAGGCCAUUGCGCCGAGCAGCUGUGAAGGUUCAGUCUUACAAGGAAAUUCCGCUCAAGAUAAAGAUGCGCAGAAUGGAGUGAGUCACAUUCUCAUAAGAGCUACAUUUUCUCAACAGCAGACAAUGUGGUUCCUUAAUAAAUGUAGUCUUUCGUCUCUUUUUUCUGGGGGUGCCUUGCAGUAACUGAUAUAGAGCAUGUCUUGUAUUGUUCUUCUAAUCCGUCCUUUCAGGGUAGAAAGCUUCUUGCUUGCUGUAGAUUUUAGUUCGUAACUUCUUGUACUCUAUUUUCAUCUUCAGAUGUUAACCAAAAUUGGGGAAAAUCUUCUGAUUUAGCCUAACAAAGUUUUUCUCUGUAAAAGUGAAGC